AUGCUUCACACGACACAGGAUUGCGAGAUGGACCGAAAGACAACGAUGGAGAAUUGCAACACCAUGCUGCCUUCCGUCGCAGAGCUGGAAGCCAUGCAAGACUACGGCGACAAGGUGGACAUGAAGCCAGACUCCAACAGCAACGACAGCGGCGGGGAGAGUCCCUCAACGACCACCACGACGACGACAAUGCCAGAAUCCCCGUCGUGCCAGAAAUCAAAGAAACCCGGAGUAGGGGUGAGGCGAUCGGAGAAGCCACCUUACUCCUACAUUGCCCUGAUUGUGAUGGCCAUCCAGGCGGCUCCAACCAAGAGGUGCACCCUCAGCGAGAUUUACCAAUUCCUUCAGCAGAGAUUCCCCUUCUUCAGAGGCACCUACCAAGGGUGGAAGAACUCCGUGAGACACAACCUAUCUCUCAACGAGUGCUUCAUCAAGCUACCCAAGGGAAUCGGACGUCCCGGCAAAGGACACUACUGGACCAUCGAUCCAGCCGCCGAGUUUAUGUUUGAGGAAGGGUCGUUCCGACGUCGUCCCAGAGGGUUCAGGAGGAAGUGUCAGGCCCUGAAACCCUUCGGCAUGCUCAACGGGAUGGCGGGGUCCCCCUCCAUGAUCCCCACCCACUACGAUUUUCUGCAUUCCCAGAACUCCGUGAUGCCCCCGAUGAACAUGUCAUGCGCCGUGAACGCGGGCCAGGCCUACGACAACGGCGGCAUGCUGAUGAACAACAUGCAGCAGCAGAUCGCCAACAGCUGCAGCUACAACAGCGGCAGGUACGCUCAGAGCUGCGCCAUGGCUGCCGCCGGCGUCACUGGCGUCUCCGCCGACUAUUCUCACCUGACGAAUCUCCCGACGUCGGCGACAACGUCGCUGCCGGGAAAUAUGUACGACAGGGACCACGGCAUGCAGGCGACGCAGUGGCCGACCCAGCGAUACAUCAAACAGCAGCCGCUGAGUCCCACAGGCAGCACGGGGUCCAUGCAGAGCAUGUCGCCCCCAUCCAGCAACGAUCCCAGCCCGUACGGCAACGUCAACGCCACUGGGUGUACGGAACCCGUCGAUCUGGCUUUAGCGGGUAUGCGCCUUCCGUCCACACCAUAUCAACAGAAUUCAUCAUGUGACCGUAAACCAUAUUUCUCAUACGGAACCGGAAGUAUGACGCCAUCGAUGCACCCAUCAGCAUACUACGAGAAAUGUGCCAUGUGAUCGUGCGACCAUCGUGUAAAUAGAUCUGGAAUAUUUAUUUUUGUGUCAAGAAACCACGUCACUUUCAUCCGACUAACACAAUCUACGGGAAACAUACACACCAAGGACUCACCUAUUUCAUGUCACGUGGUCUCAGGUAUAUUUGGUGCUAUUGACAACAGUUUCAAGAUAUAUGUAUUUGUUUACACCGCCGAGGUUACCCAGAACUAUGUAACAGUGCCAAAUAGUAAGAUGGUUUGUGUUUUGUUGUGAAAUUGUUGUCUGUUGGGUAAUACUCACUCGUAUACAAAGAUAAUCAAAUUGCACUUUUGAUUAUACAUGUAUGUAAUUGAUUUUUAUAAUGAACUAAAUUGUUUGGCUCAGGCAGUGGGUAUCGGGAAUAUACUGAUUAAAGAGAGAGAGAGAGACGAACACAGAUUUACAGAGUGACAGA